UUUCACUCGCCUCUGAGGCUGCUUACUAACAAUUUGGAGUCCGUUCAGAGCACCACACCCACCUUUGUUUUUGAUGGAAAAGCUGCUGACUUGAUCAACACAGGCUGAACAGACAUGGAAGCUGCAGUUGGACUGUUGCUGGUGUUGCUUGGAGUCUCUCAUGGUGUGGAAACUCACUGUGAUGGCAGAUGGGAUGGAGCUCAGUGUUAUGGACCUUUGGGAGGAACUGUGAAAAUCCAGCUGAUGGACAACACUUCAGAAAUUAAUAAAUACAAUUUGUUAAAAAAUACAUUAAAAAUAUUAAAUGUAAGAAAUAAUAAGGUUACUUCUAAUUCUAUAAGAGUGGAUCUUUUUCCCAGUAGAGGAACAUUUAGGAUCAAUAACCUGAGCAGCUCAGACAGUGGUAAUUAUACCCUUCAAACCUUUGACUCAGAUGGAAGAUCAUCAGGCGGGUGGACUUUACAGUUGUUCAUUCAAGCUCCUGUGUCCUCUGUGGUGCUGCUCUCUGAGUGUCUGUCCCAGGGAGAGAUGAGGGUGUCCUGCUCCUCUCAGGGAGGGGACAGUCCUCAGUACAGCUGGACUCUGGAUGGACGCACACUGACAGAUGCUCAGCUCCUUUCUGUAAAUAAUGAGACUAACAUCAUCACUCUGAAACAGCACGUGUCAGGACAUCUGGUCUGCUCAGUCAGUAAUAAUGUCAGUAAUGUCGACAAAGAGGAGAGAAUAUCGACCUGUGGCUUUAUUUUCAUUAACUGUACUUCAGUCAAUGGGACACAGAUAUCACGGUGGGUGUAUAAAGCUAAUAACACCCUGUGUACUCCACCAAAACAGACUUCUGUGGGUAAGGAUUAUGGAACUACCAUCAGUGAUGAGCCAUGGUACAUUAGAAAUUUGCCACUGAUCGGUAGUGUUCUCUCAGCGCUGGUAAUUUUCUUGGUUGUUGGUGUAGUAGUCAUAUGUGCUUUGAGGAAAAAGCAAAACAGCAAACCUCCAAAAAAGGAGGAAGAAGAUGACCAGGAAGUCUUUGCUGAUGUCAAGUUUGUCAAAAGGCAGGCAAACCAAGCUGAGAAAAAAGCUGCUGUGGAGCACGGCCAAGUAAAGUCUGCAAAGCGACCUCGGAGGUCUGAACCAGCAGGAACUGAUUGUGUGUAUGCUAACGUCCAUAAAGUCAGGUGAAGAAGUGCUCAGUGCUUUUGGACAGACAGCUCCACUGAAAGUAGCUGGAGUGAGGAGCUGAUGUUAAGAUGCCUAAAGGUCCUUCAUUUAAUGUAAAUUCCCCGUAUAAAAUACAAACCAUAGCUUAUAAGGUUUAAUGUAUUGGACUAUUUAACUGUCACUUUUGUAAUAUAUCAGGUCAUUAACACAACUAUUGUUACAUGACCUCUUGAUUUAAUUACAAACACUGAGUGUUUUCUGCAUCUGUACUCUGUGGAAGCCUUUGACUAGUUCUUCACUUGGUAAAGGUUCGACCAACAUGUAAAUGGAAACAUGAUAAAGAGAAAGCAUUUUAACAUUUAUGAAAAUAUGACUGUAAA